UGACGUCCCGACUGGCAACGUGAGUACUCGACAUUGCGGCGAGUGAGCGCUGUAAGUGUGCGGCGUUAUUAGACCACGGACUUGUCUGAUGUUUCAGGAAGAUGUCUAAAAAUGUGGCGAGACUUAGAAACCAGGAUAGUAACCCAUGCAUUGAGGAAAGUGAUGGUUCUAGAAGGUGUUUAGAUGCCAAUAAUUACAACAGGGACAUGUGCUCGACGUAUUUCAUGAGGUACAAAAACUGCAGGAAAUUUUGGCACAACAUAAUGGUGCAGCGGAGGCGGGAUGGAGUGAAGCCAGACAUGCCCACCUAUGAGGAGAGGCAGCGCAUCCUGGAGGCCAUGGGGGAGAAGCCCUACUGAUGGACAACUGUGGGGGGGUGCUGCCGCUGCAAGCGGCUUUCACCGACUUGUGACAGUGACGGAGACCGUGCAAGUGCGCAGGCGUGCGUGUGGGUCGGCUUGGAUAUAGAUGGUCAUUAAAAGCACUCCUGACGUACUUUUCUUUACAGUCUUUGUGGUAUGCUUAAUGUGAACGUUAUGAAUAAGAUGUUGUGCAACAUCUAGGAUGGAUGACUUUUGUCAAAUGAAGGGUGGAAUGCUGGGAGCUCUUGUACUGUUAAGGUAAACCAUAACGCUGCAACAUUCAUAAUUGGUUGUGUUUAGCUUCCUGGAACAAAUCUCUGGAAGGAAAAAUCGUCAGUGUGUACUGUACUCUUAAUGUCCUUUCUGGACCUGGUGUUUGCUGGCCUCUCACAAAGAGAUUGCUGAGUAUCCAGUGACUUUGAGGUGCUCUCGUAAGUGAAAUGUUUAAGCAGUUUAACUGUGAAUGAAAUUACUAGCCUUUUAAUGUAUUUAUAAGUAAUCAAUAGACAUUUUAUGAUUUUUCAAAAACUGAACACAAUAUAAAAUGUUUUUCUUGAUCAAAAAACAGAAAAUGUGUUGUAGUUUCUUCCCCAGUGAAAGUAAUUCCGGUACUAAAGGGAUGUAAUGUUUGCUGUACUUUACCACUCACACUAAGAGAUGAGGAAAAAGUUUUAUGUAAGUGCAUCUUCUACACAAAGUGCAUGACAUAAAGGACUGUCGGAAACUCUCAGUGUAUCACUGUGUUAUUGAUGUGAGUCAGCUGCAACUAACUGGAUAUUUUUGGUGCUCGAUUAAGAAAGAAAAAGAGUUGCGUAACGGGUCGUCGUUUUGCCGUGAAUCCAACUUCAAGAAGGCCGGGAUCAAACUGGAAACCUUUGGAGGCCAAGGCAGCAACUCAAACCACAACACCACCAGCCGCCCCCUGUGAAUCCAUAUAAUUCCAAAUGUGCAAUCAUUUUGGAAAUGUAGUUGAGUCUUCACAAAAAUGUGCAAGGCAUUCUGUACUAUUAGUAAU